GGCCAGUCCAGUAUUUCCACCGCCACCACUGAGUCAGAAUUCCGGGCUGGCCACUCAGCUCUUUCUCUGCAGCAGGACCUUACCUGUUCCUCAGUCCAGCGCUGUCCGCAGUCUCUUGGUCAUCCUCUGUACUGUCUGCAGUAUCUGGUCAUCCCCUGCACUGUCUGCAGUCUCUUGGUCAUCCCCUGCACUGUCUGCAGUCUCUGGUCAUCCCUUGUACUGUCUGCAGUCUCUGGUCAUCCCCUGUACUGUCUGCAGUCUCUGGUCAUCCCCUGUACUGUCUGCAGUCUCUGGUCAUCCCCUGUACUGUCUGCAGUCUUUGGUCAUCCCCUAUACUGUCUGCAGUCUCUGGUCAUCCCCUGGACUGUGUCCGCAGUCUCUGGUCAUCUCCUGGACUGUGUCCGCAGUCUCUGGUCAUCUCCUGGACUGUGUCCGCAGUCUCUGGUCAUCUCCUGGACUGUGUCCGCAGUCUCUGGUCAUCCCCUGUACUGUCUGCAGUCUCUGGUCAUCCCCUGGACUGUGUCCGCAGUCUCUGGUCAUCUCCUGGACUCUGUCCGCAGUCUUAUGGUCAGGUGCAUCUUAUGGAGCAAAAAAUACAGUAUCUCUUUGUUCCUUCUCUCUGCU